AAAAAUAUGCUUCUGCCCAAAAGGAGUUAGCAAUCUACUAGGCAUUCUUCUUGCUGAUGACACAAUUCCUGUUUGAAUCUGUUUACAAGAUUCUGAAGGCUGGACAAAGAGUUUUGGCAUCGCACUGGGGCCUUUCUCUGACUUCUCAAUCAACUGAGAUACUCCUGCUCUACAGAAAAGAGGUGUCAGAAACUCAACUGCCUACAGGAAUCAGGGAGAACUGCAUCGCAAGAAAUAAAUAGUAUCGAGGACAUCAGGAGUGGGAGAAAUUGAGCUGGGAGACGCGGCAGGUUCUAAAGGUGGAAACCAAGGUCACAGGAUGUCUUCCAAGCGACCAGCCUCUCCGUAUGGGGAAGCAGAUGGAGAGGUAGCCAUGGUGACAAGCAGACAGAAAGUGGAAGAAGAGGAGAGUGACGGGCUCCCAGCCUUUCACCUUCCUUUGCAUGUGAGUUUUCCCAACAAGCCUCACUCUGAGGAAUUUCAGCCAGUUUCUCUGCUGACGCAAGAGACUUGUGGCCAUAGGACUCCCACUUCUCAGCACAAUACAAUGGAAGUUGAUGGCAAUAAAGUUAUGUCUUCAUUUGCCCCACACAACUCAUCUACCUCACCUCAGAAGGCAGAAGAAGGUGGGCGACAGAGUGGCGAGUCCUUGUCUAGUACUGCCCUGGGCACUCCUGAAAGGCGCAAAGGCAGCUUGGCUGAUGUUGUUGACACCUUGAAGCAGAGGAAAAUGGAGGAGCUCAUCAAAAAUGAGCCAGAAGAAACCCCCAGUAUUGAAAAGCUACUCUCAAAGGACUGGAAAGACAAGCUUCUUGCAAUGGGAUCAGGGAACUUUGGCGAAAUAAAAGGGACUCCUGAGAGCUUAGCUGAGAAGGAAAGGCAACUCAUGGGUAUGAUCAAUCAGCUGACCAGUCUGCGAGAGCAGCUACUCGCUGCCCAUGAUGAGCAGAAGAAACUGGCUGCAUCUCAGAUUGAGAAACAACGCCAACAAAUGGAGCUGGCCAAACAGCAGCAGGAGCAGAUUGCAAGACAACAGCAGCAGCUUCUGCAGCAACAACACAAAAUCAAUUUGCUUCAGCAACAGAUCCAGGUUCAAGGUCAGCUGCCGCCAUUAAUGAUUCCCGUAUUUCCUCCCGAUCAACGGACUCUGGCUGCAGCUGCCCAGCAAGGAUUCCUCCUUCCUCCCGGCUUCAGCUAUAAGGCUGGAUGCAGUGACCCUUACCCUGUUCAGCUGAUCCCAACUACCAUGGCAGCUGCUGCUGCAGCAACACCAGGCUUAGGCCCUCUCCAACUGCAGCAGUUAUAUGCUGCCCAGCUAGCUGCAAUGCAGGUCUCUCCAGGAGGCAAGCUCCCAGGCAUACCCCAAGGCAACCUUGGUGCUGCUGUAUCUCCUACCAGCAUUCACACAGACAAGAGCACAAACAGCCCACCACCCAAAAGCAAGGAUGAAGUGGCACAGCCACUGAACCUAUCAGCUAAACCCAAGACCUCUGAUGGCAAAUCACCCACAUCACCCACCUCUCCCCAUAUGCCAGCUCUGAGAAUAAACAGUGGGGCAGGCCCCCUCAAAGCCUCUGUCCCAGCAGCAUUAGCUAGUCCUUCAGCCAGAGUUAGCACAAUAGGCUAUUUAAAUGACCACGAUGCUGUCACCAAGGCAAUCCAAGAAGCUCGGCAGAUGAAGGAGCAACUUCGGCGGGAACAGCAGGUGCUUGAUGGCAAGGUGGCUGUUGUGAAUAGUCUAGGUCUCAAUAACUGCCGGACAGAAAAGGAAAAAACAACACUGGAGAGUCUGACUCAGCAACUGGCAGUUAAACAGAAUGAAGAAGGAAAAUUUAGCCAUGCAAUGAUGGAUUUUAAUAUGAGUGGAGAUUCUGAUGGAAGUGCUGGAGUGUCAGAGUCCAGAAUCUAUAGGGAAUCCAGGGGGCGUGGUAGCAAUGAACCCCACAUAAAGCGUCCAAUGAAUGCCUUCAUGGUGUGGGCUAAAGAUGAACGGAGGAAAAUCCUUCAAGCCUUUCCGGACAUGCACAACUCCAACAUCAGCAAGAUACUGGGAUCUCGCUGGAAAGCGAUGACCAACCUAGAGAAACAGCCAUAUUACGAGGAGCAGGCCCGUCUCAGCAAGCAGCACCUGGAGAAGUACCCUGACUACAAGUACAAGCCCAGGCCGAAGCGCACCUGCCUUGUAGACGGCAAAAAGCUGCGCAUUGGGGAGUACAAGGCAAUCAUGCGGAACAGGCGGCAGGAGAUGCGGCAAUACUUCAACGUUGGGCAACAAGCACAGAUCCCCAUCGCCACUGCUGGUGUUGUGUACCCUGGAGCCAUCGCCAUGGCCGGAAUGCCCUCCCCUCACCUGCCCUCUGAGCACUCAAGCGUGUCUAGCAGCCCAGAGCCUGGGAUGCCCGUUAUUCAGAGCACUUACGGCGUGAAAGGAGAGGAGCCCCAUAUCAAAGAAGAGAUACAGGCUGAGGACAUCAAUGGAGAAAUUUAUGAUGAGUACGAUGAGGAAGAAGAUGAUCCAGAUGUAGAUUAUGGGAGUGACAGUGAAAACCAUAUUGCAGGACAAGCCAACUGAUAAGGGUCAAAGAUUGUUGUGACCUUAGGACUUAAAGAAGCCCUAGCUGGUUCAUCCUUACCAGUGGCCAAGCACAUUAACUUUCUCAUACACUGACUGUUACUUUAACUUAGUCUUAAAUAGUUGGGACAUCAGCUGACUAAUAGACCUCAGCCUCCAAAGGCUUGGAAAGGAAAAAAAAAAAA